CCCCACUACACGGCCAAAACUAAACAGAUGUGAUAAGAGAGUACAUUCUAUUCCUACAUCAACGCCUCAUUUACAUUUUACAAUCCAUAAUCAGACAAACUUUUUCUUUCCCUCUUUGCUUACAGAAAAAUAGUCCGAGAUUCUUCUAUUCUUCCCUAUUUCUUCCAUAUUUCACUUCUCCACUAAUCUAUGGAGAAGAAAAUGGGUGAUCAUCUGUGCUUGUCAAACACUAGCCGUCUCCUGAUUUCUGAGUUAACUCUUUUGUGUUACUUCAUUCUUUCUCACCCUCUUUACUUGUCUUACUUUGUUUUCUUCUUUCCUUACCUGGUUAAAAUCCUCUCAUUUCUUUCCCCUCUCUUCAUCACCACUUCCCUUUUGCUCUUCGCACUUGUCAACAACACCAUCUCCCCUGCUUCGUUCAUAUCUUCCCCUCACUCAGACAAUGUUAGUAGUAUUCUGCUAUCUUUCAAGAAUGCUCUGCUGGAGGCUGAUGGUAAAAUUGAUGAGUUGGAUCGUUUUGAGGAUUUUGAAGUUUACAAGAUCGUGUUUCAAGAAAACCCAGUUGAACUCUUUGACUAUACAUCCCCUGAAGGAAGUGAAAAACAAGUUGUUGAUUCUUCAGUUCAAGAAAAAGACACUGCCACUGCCACAGUUGAUCUUGAAAAUUCAGGGGUUGCAGUGGAAGAGUUGUUGAAAGAAGUGGAUGAGUUUGAAAGCAAGACUUGGACUGAUAAUGUGGAAACGAAGAAAAUUGAGGCAUUGGGCACGAAGGUCGAGAAAGUUGUUGAAAAACAACAAGAAGAAGAAAUGAUAAUGGGAAAUGGAUCCAAGGAGGCGGAUAAAGUGAAAAAGGCACAUUCUUGGAGUAAUCUUGACCAGAAUUUAGGGAGUUAUGGAUCUAUGAGGAAAGAAAAAGAGUGGACAAGGACAUUGGCAUGUAAACUUUAUGAAGAAAGGCACAAUGCUAGUAGUGGUGAAGGAAUGGAUUUGUUGUGGGAAACUUAUGAAAUAGACUCAGGAAAGAGCAAAGUCAAAAGGGAUAACACUACAAAGAAGAAGAAGAAAGGAGAAUCCAAAUCCAAAAGCUACAAAAAGGAUGAAGAAGUUGAAGAGGAAGAAGAAGAUAUGAAGGAACAGUUAUGUUGCUUACAGGCUCUUAAGUUCUCAGCUGGAAAGAUUAAUUUAGGAAUGGGAAGGCCUAAUCUUGUUAAGAUUUCCAAAGCAAUUAGAGGGUUUGGAUGGUUACAUCAUGACACCAAGAAAAACAAGGUCCAUUGUGGAGAUAGAUUUUAGUAUGAUUUUAUAUGGAGUAAUUAAAUGAUAGUCAUGUUUGGAGUAAUAUUACUAGAUAUAUGUUGUCCAAGAAAUUAGAGUACUUAACAAGUAAAUAUUUUUUGUUGUAGUUCUUUGCUUAUGUAGCUAUGGUACAAUAAUUAAUCAAAUCCUAUCUCAUUAUCCAUGA